GCAGUAUAAGAAUGAAAACAAACGCAGCACAGAUGAAAUGAGAAGAAGAGGAGAGAGAAAGAAGUGGAGUGAACAGACGACGAUGAAUGGCGGAAAUGACAGAGACGCAGACAAAGGAUUGAUCUGGAAACUUCCUAAAGUUACGACCAAGGAAUUCGGCAAAGUCGGUCCUGCUUUCGGCUUCGGAGCUGGCUGUGGUCUCGGCUUCGGCCUCGGCAUUAUCGGCGGCGUGGGCAUUGGGCCUGGGAUCCCUGGACUGCACUUAGGUUUAGGCGUUGGUGUUGGAUGUGGUGUUGGUUUAGGUUUCGGAUAUGGUAUGGGCAGAGGUGUUGCUUAUGAUGACAACAAAAGAUACUCUAAUAUUGAAAAGCCUUUUAAUGGCUCAUAUGUUCCAUCUCAAAAUGAGGUAGAUGCACUGAUUGAUGAGUUUGUCAUAAAAACCAAGAGGCUAAUGGUAGCAGCUUCAAAGGAAAUCGAUAAGUGGAGACGAUAGACAAGACACAAGAGUAUACCAGUUCUUAUUAUUCUUAAUAAAGGUACUGAAAACCUUUUCAUACCUUCUUACUUCUUAGUCGUUGAUACUGGGUGGAGUACAUGUAAAUCCUCCAAAAUUAGACAGUAGUAAUAAUAACAGAGCCAUAUACUUGUAUAUUGUUGGAUAUACAUUAUGUAAUUUUCUGCUUUUCUUGGUUCAAAUAAUUCUAUUCAUCCUCUUAUCCUGUACACCUAUAUUUCAUUUUUUUUCAUGA